GAAAAUAUGGCGAACGGCGAAUACCAAAGAGGUGUUAUUUGCUCGAUUUCCAAGGAGGAUUUUAUCUCGUUUUGCGGCUCUGAUCUUCCUUUCCUGGAAGGAGUUAUUUCUUUAAGUUAUGAUGAUUCAAUGUUUGUGCAAGAAACAGGAAAAAGGUUUGCCUUAGCGCUCAGAACUGACCUCCAAUAUUUGACUCCAAAGAAAGACUUGAUUUUAAACGUAAGUGCUUGCAAAGAAACAGACUUAAACAUUCGAUCGCCCAAUGACAAUUUAAAGGUUUUUAUUUUAGAAAACGUCCUUAACGAUCACGAAAUUCACGUUGGUGAAACUGUCUGGGUCAAAAAGGCGAAUCCUGUUCCACUUGAAAGAAUUGUGAUUGGAACUUUGCUAGAAGAUAGAUUUUUGUGGGCAAAGAAAUUCUUAGCACCGUGUCUUCGUGAUAGCAUCUCGGCAGGACCUGUAAUACUACGUGAAAAUGAUGUUUUCUACCUUCCUAAAGACCAGUAUGAAAUUUCAACCGACAGCAAGGGAAAACAAUGGUUUCAGUUCUCUGUGUUGCAGUGUGAGCCAGUGUUGCGAGGCUCUAUCACCUCAGAAACAUCUUUAGUAGUCUCUAAGUUAGAUGAAUUCGCUAUUUCUUCGGGCUCUGAAAGCAGUGGUACAAAGGCAGGAAUAAAUCGGUCUGAUUCCUCUGACAUGUUUCUGGUCUCUGAUUUUGCUCGCAAUCUUCCUUGGAGUCUUUCACAAGAAAGAUCACAUGACUUGUCUGAAGGUGGCUCGGUUAGAAGAAGUCACCAGUUAAAAGUUCAAGUUUUUGACUGGGAUAUAAAAAAUGAUGCAGAUUCGACUUGUGAUGCAAAUAGUAGGCUUUAUGUAUCACUGGCAACCUUGAUUGAUUUGUGCUUGUUUAAUGGAAGUUGGGUCAAAAUAUGCACAGAUCAUGCAGAUGCAGUUGGUGUUAACAAACGGGAGGUACACUGUCCAGAUGUACAUGAAGCACUCAAUCAAGACCCUUGUGACAUAAGCAAAUGUCAUAUUGUUCAAGUUGUAGCAGCUACUUCUAAGACUGAACCUGAGGCUUACAUGAACAGUCCUAUCAGGGACAGUUUCAUUCCAUUUAUAAACUGCAGUGAAAUUCAACAUGGAGUUGGAUAUAUCACAUCUGUGCUUCACUUCAAUUUAUUUCACCAGAGCACCUCGUAUGAUGCUACAAGUCCUAGUAUCUAUAUUCACGCAAUUUCUGACAAAGGGCAGAUUGAAGCAGAUGCAAGCACUGCAAGCAAAAGUGGCAAGCCACCAUUUGCAACAGAAGCUCACAUUUCCCUGGUUCAUUCACCACAUUGUAAAGCUGGAGAUUCUUUUGAUCACGCACUGGAGACACAUUUCAAAGUACCAAGAGUGCUAACAGUUGGGGAUAUAUUUUAUGUAUCUCACAACUGGCAAGAAAAUGGUGAUGCUAGGAAACGGCCCAGUUCAACUGAUGACCAAGGCAAGAGAAAUCUUUCAGUUUACUUUCAAGUGACACGGCUUGUUUGUGAGACUGAUGAAGUGACGUCCUGCCUUGUUGACAUGGAGCAUUCUUCCUUAUAUCAAAGAGGUUCAGUACACAGUUAUGUGCCAGCUGUCCACCAUACACAGUUAUGUGGAUCAAGACCAAGUUACUGGGAGCAGACAAGUCCUGCAGGAUUAAAUACUUGUACUGAGGCUCUGGAGAAUGUCGUGAAACCCUAUUUGAACACCAGGGAUGGUCAUUCUCUUCCUCCAUGUGGGAUUCUUUUAACUGGACCUCCUGGAGCUGGGAAGAGGACAGUUGCUACAGCAACAAGCAAAAGAUUGCACAUGCACAUUUUUGAAGUCAGUUGCUAUGAUCUGAUUGGGGAGUCAGUGGCAGCAACAGAAGCAAGACUGAAGAAUACAUUCCAGAGAGCCAUUUUCUGCUCACCUUGCAUUCUGUUACUGCAAAACAUUCAUGCCCUGGGCAAAGACAAAGAGGGAAACGACGAUGAACCACGGAUAGCAGGCACAAUGCUUGACUGUAUCUACAGCCUUCAGGAAGACUCUGAUUGGCCAGUGGUAGUCAUAGCAACUUCCUCCUCUCCAGAUGACAUCACCUCUGACAUGUUUUCCUGCUUCCUUCAUGAGCUGACCCUAGAAGCACCUACUGAGAGUGAAAGAUGUGACAUGCUUUGUGCCUUGGCUAAGAUGGCUUCUGUUGGAAAUGAUGUGUCAUUUCAACAGCUUGCCAAAAGAACAGCUGGGUUGGUGCUGGCAGAUUUGGUUGUGCUAUUCACUCAUGCUUCAAAUGCUGCUGCAAAAGGUUUAUUAGAUGACAGCCCUGAGAAAUUAAGGUUCAUCACAGACACUACCCCAACUUGGUUUCCAUGGAAACUGGAGCAACAGCUUAGUUCAAUGGGUGUCAAACUCAGCAAUCAAGAUUUUGAGAGCUCACUGGAAAUUCUUCAGUUAUCAUUGUCAGAUGCAAUUGGAGCUCCUAAGAUUCCAAGUGUUAAGUGGGAAGACGUGGGAGGUCUGGCAGAUGUCAAGGCAGAGAUCUUGGACACAGUUCAACUGCCUCUUCAACAUCCUGAGCUGUUUGCAGCAGGAUUAUGGAGAUCAGGAGUGUUGUUAUAUGGCCCUCCUGGAACUGGCAAAACGUUACUAGCCAAGGCAGUGGCAACAGAAUGUUCUCUAAACUUCCUCAGUGUGAAAGGACCAGAGCUGAUCAACAUGUACGUGGGUCAAAGUGAACAGAAUGUUCGUGAAGUGUUCACUCGAGCUCAGAGUGCGCGGCCUUGUGUGAUCUUCUUUGAUGAGCUGGACUCACUAGCACCCAACAGGGGGAGGAGUGGGGACUCCGGUGGCGUCAUGGAUCGAGUUGUGUCCCAGUUGUUAGCUGAGCUGGAUGGGCUUCACAAAGCUUGCGACGUGUUCGUCAUCGGGGCCACAAACCGACCCGACCUCCUGGACCCUGCGCUUUUGAGACCAGGUCGAUUUGAUAAGCUUCUUUACCUUGGCGUGAGUGAGGACAAAGAAUCACAGCUCAACAUACUUAGAGCUCUAACUAGAAAGUUCUGUUUACAUCCUGAUUUGCGGUUGGAGGAGGUCGCAGCCCUUUGCCCUGCUAACUUAACAGGAGCUGAUUUCUACGCGCUGUGUUCGGAUGCCAUGUUACAGUCUGUUAAGCGGAAGAUUGAGCUACUCGAGCAAGGCCGAGCUGACUCUGUUGAGGAAGAUGGAGACAUUCAAGUCACAGAGACAGAUUUUCAGAAGGCGUUGAGCAAUCUCGUACCGUCAGUUUCCUUACAGGAACUGAAAAGAUACAAAGACAUCCAGAAACAGUUUACACUGGCUAUUACCAAGAAAUGAUCGAAGAUACCGUGAUGGGACGCUUUAAGUCAGCUGGAAGUCUUUCUGGUGACAGCGAAAGAAUAUUAACCGAUCUACUCAAUUCACCUGGGUUUUCC